AUGACAUUAACAGAAGAGCCAACUUUCCUACCUUCAAUCAAAUCUCGCGAGGAACAAAAACAUAAAUGGGACAUCAAUGAUAAUGCCUUACCACUUGUUGAAACUUUUGAUAUGUUUACUGAAUGGCCAGCAGAAAACUGUCGCUACGUCUACAAUGUCGAAGUGGAAGAUGCAAGACGUCACGUUAGUGGUUGGGCCAUGCGCAAUACCAACAAUCAUAAUGCGCAUAUCCUAAAGAAAUCAUGUCUUGGAGUUUACGUCUGUAGUCAUGAUUGUACAUUGGAAAAUGGAGCCAAAAUAAAUCUACGUCCCGCUAUAUGUGAUAAAGCAAGAAGAAAACAAAUAGGGAAACCGUGUCCAAAUGUAAACUGUAAAGGUCGUUUAGAGUUACUGUCAUGCAAAGGUCACUGUGGAUACCCAGUCACACACUUUUGGAGACACGUCCAUGGGGCAAUAUACUUCCAAGCAAAAGGUGUCCAUGAUCACCCUCAACCGGAAGUCAAAGCUUCAUCUCUUUCGAGACGACACCAAAAAAUGACAAGACAGCAACACAAAGUUAUGAUUACAAAUCUUUUGAAUGAGAGAAGAAAUAGAAAAUUACCAUCAGAAAGACAUAAGAAAACAGUACCAUACUCCGAAUGUGUUUGUUCUUGUCCUCCAUUUGAAUGUACAUGCAAGUCUGUUGGAUAUACCUAUAAUCCUGCUACAGUCCCCAGACGACCGAAUCCAUGGACACCACAAAUAUAUGAGGCAACACCAUCGCCUUGGCAACGAUCAUCAUCUGUUGGUUCUGCAGAAGGAAAAAUGGUGGUCAGGGCAUUACCAAUAUUCUUUACAACAGGGGAAAGAAUACAACCCUGA